AUGUCUACUAAAUUAUUUUUGAUUUUUUCUUUCUUCUUCUUGUCUGUUAACUCUGUAAAUGUAUUGGUUUAUUCUCCUGCUUUUGCUGCAAGUCAUACUAAUUUUAUGGCGAGAUUAGCGGAUACUUUGACGGAAUCAGGCCAUAAUGUAACAUUUUUGGUUCCAAUUAUAGACGUGGCAAGAAGAAACCAAUUGGGUGUGCGACUUACUACAGAUGUGCUUGUUGUGGAGCAAGACGAUAAAGCAAGACAGGAGCAUAUACCAUUUGAUGAGAGUAUGGAAGCAUAUUGGACGGAAGAGACCGAUUCGUCUAAUGUCGAAGAUUCUAUCAAAUGGUUUUUUGACGGAAUGAAAGUGGGAUGCGAGAACUUUCUGCGAGACAAAAAUGUUUUCGAUUUGAUGAAGUCUCGAAACUUCGACGUCGCGAUUUUGGAACCACUAUCCGUUUGUGGACUUGGAUUUUUUGAAAAAUUGGGAAUCGAGAAAACGAUUUUGGCGUCUUCAUGUGCAAACUAUGACUAUUUAUUCCGACAUUUGGGUGAACCAAAUGAAUACAGUUAUGUUCCAUCUUUGAUGAGUACAAAAGGAGAGAAGAUGAACUUUUUCGAGAGAUUUGAGAAUUAUAAAGUUUCAGAAAUACGGACCAUUUCCGGAAAUGGACCCAUACGGACGAAAGCUGAACUUCUUCCAACGCCAUCUUCUGGAUGUUUGGUUGAUGGAAACUUUGGGACAUCUUGUACUAUUCUUGGUUAUAUUUUGGGUGAUACCUUUCAGAUUGAGAAAAAUGGUGACCGAAAGGAAAUAACUUGUAUCCUAUUUUUUUGUAAACUUUAUUGUAGAAGAUUGAUAGCAAUUUCAAGACUGACGUAUUUAAUGCCAGUUGUAGAUGUUGAAAAACGAGAUGAGUGUAUUGGAGUUAAGUUGACAAAGGAUUUGAUUAUUGUGGAGGCCGGAGCAGAAAUGCUUGCUCAAAAGACAUCUGACACUUCAAGUGACGAGAUAAUGGAAGUUUUUUGGAAAGCUGAAAUGGACUCUUCAAAUUCCAGAGAUAUGUUUAAAUGGUUCAGUUCUGAUAUGAAAAUAGCCUGUAGAAACUUUAUCAGUCGUCGGGAUAUAUUCAGUCAGAUGAAGUCUCGAAACUUCGAUUUGGCAAUUCUAGAACCAGUUUCUGUUUGUGGUCUUGGGUUCGUAAAAGCUCUUGGAAUCGAGAAAAUCAUUCUGGCAUCCUCGUGUACAUUCUUUGAUACUGUUCUGCCAUACAUCGGUGAGCCAUUAGACUUCAGUUAUGUUCCAGCUGGGUUCAGUGUCACUGGGGAUGUUAUGAGUAUUUCUGAAAGAUAUGAAAACUGGUUGGUUACAAAGAUAUCAUCAGGAUGGGAACAAAUUUUGAAUAAGCGUACAUCUAAUGUACUAAUAUCCUUUGGAUCAAUGGUCAAAUCGACACAUAUGCCUUUGAAAUGGAGUCAUGGAGGUCUUGGAAGUACAAUGGAAUUGGCUUACAGUGGAAAACCAGCUGUUGUCAUUCCCGUGUUCGCUGAUCAAAUUCGAAAUGCUAACAUGCUGGCAAGACAUAAAGGAGCUAUUUAUCUUCAUAAAAACUUCAUGGAGAACAUUGAAAUUGUUCGGAAGGCGUUUGAAAAUGUGCUGUUUGACCAGAGUUACAAGAAAAAUGCCUUGAAAUUGGCAGAUAUUCUGAAUAAUCAACCUUACAGUCCCAAGGAAAAUGUAAUAAAGUAUACUGAAUUCGUGGGGGAACAUGGUCCAUUUCCAAGUAUGGAUCCGUAUGGACGUCAUCCCAACUAUUUCCAAAAGACGUUUUUAGACAUUUAUGCUAUUUUUGCCUUAUUUUGUUUAACAAUAAUUAUAUUCACUUUGGUUGUUGCUAGAAUUAUUUAUGCUACCAUCAGAAACUGUUUCCAGUCGAAGCUAAUAAAACGAAAUUGA